CAUUUCCACUCUUCACAACUUUAAUUAUCACCUGAUAAGUGAAGAAUAAUGGCCGCGUCAAGAUCAUAUAAUAUCCAUUAUUAUCCUUUCAAAGGUUUUGAUGCCUGGAUAUGAUCAGAAUCUGGUGGGUAAAAUUAUUUCUGUACGAGGCGCUCCCAAAUCUUCCCACAACAAAAUCACAGAGAAGCUGAUUGAUGAAGAAGGGGUACAAACCCUAAGGCACAGAAAGGAUGUCGACAGCUGGAAGUUGCUUCAGUACUCUUGUUCUACCGGAAGAUGUAGUUUUUCAAAUUUUGAUAUGGCUCCCUGUGCAGUCUCUGUUGCGAUUCAAAUCUGUGUGUAGAUCUUGGUAUGCCCUCAUUCAAUCAUCUCACUUCGUAGAAAGCCAUGCCACUACGGUGGACAAGAACUCCAAGUUAGGCACCUUCAUUUUCCAACAACAACCACCUGAACCUCAUUUUUUAUUGCUUUCUGGUGAAGGCUUCAAGGAGUUGGAGGAUCUAGGCAAACAACCAUUUUUUAAGGAUGCGAACCCUAAUGCCAUAGACAUGGUGGAUUCUGUUCAUGGAAUAAUUUGUUUACAUAACCGGAUGACCAGGGAUAUUGCUCUUUGGAACCCUGCUACCAGACAAUGUAGACUUCUUCCAAAGUCGUCAAAUGGAAACCCCAAGGUUGGAUAUUACCAUCGUGAUUUUGUUGGUCUAGGUUUUGAUGUUGAAACCAAGGAUUACAAGGUGAUACAAGUCUCUUCUCUUGAGCCCCAAAAAAAUAACAUAUGGUUAGGCCUUAACUGCAUGCGCAAAGUUCAGAUAUACUGCCUAAGUACUGAUUCUUGGAGGUUGGUAGACUCGGAUUUCCGUACUCAUUGUUCUGGCGGAGCAUUAGGACGGAGUUUGAAUGGUAUUUAUUUUCAUCUAGGUGUGGACUACUCUGCAGAACCUAAUGAGCAAGUGGUUUACUCUGUAGACCCUAAUAAGCAAGUGAUUUUGUCAUUCGACUUAAGCAAAGAAAGAUAUCGAAGAGUACAGAGACCAGUUGAUCACUUGCUUCAGCUAGAAUCAAUAGGUGAUAAACUAGCUUGCAUUUCAGAAUGUUCUGGAAUAUACAAGGUAUGGAUGUUGAAUGAUUACAAUACGGAGGAGGAGAUAUGGACUGAGCUUUACAGAGUUGGACCCCUGUAUGACUACUUAUCUGAUUUCCUCACAAUUUCUUGGAAUGGAAAGUAUAGUUUGUUAUUCUCGUAAUGUACAACUCUAUUACAGAUGAGUUUGAGGAUCUUGGUUUUGGGGAAGGAACAGAAAUGCGUACUAUUAGGGCUAAUAUUUAUAAGGAAAGCUUGUUGCUGUCGAUGCAAAUGGUACAGCAAGUAAAGCUAUCUGAAUGGGUUCAUUUCUAAGGACUAUGUAUAGUUCUCUUUCCUUUGGGAAGAUUUUCAUUUUAUACUUUUUAGCUACGUUCUUUGUCAUUUUAAUUAAGCAAAGCUUUAUCAUCCUUGUUAACCUAUUUUAGAGAUUAUGCGCCGCCUUGGAUAAUUGUAAGAGAAGAUUAUUGUUAAGCCAAUUGAGCA